CUGCACCUCACAAAAACGUCGCCAUGGGUAGGGUCAUUCGCAACCAGAGAAAGGGUCGCGGCUCUAUCUUCACGGCCAACACCCGCCUGAACAAGGCCCCCGCCCAGUUCCGCACGCUCGACUUCGCUGAGCGCAAUGGAUACAUCCGGGGUGUCGUAAAGGAGAUUGUUCACGACUCCGGUCGUGGCGCUCCUCUCGCCAGGGUCACCUUCCGCAACCCAUACAGGUUCAAGCACAACACGGAAAGAACGCCGCUCUCACCAUCGAGCAACAUCCUGCCCCUCCACUCCGUCCCUGAGAGUACCGUCCUCACCAACGUCGAGGACAAGAACGGUGACCGUGGUGCGCUCGGCCGUACUUCCGGUAACUACGUUACUGUCAUCGGCCACAACCCUGAUGAGGGCAAGACCCGUGUCAAGCUCCCAUCUGGUGCCAAGAAGGUCCUCCCCAGCACCUGCCGUGGUAUGGUCGGAAUCGUCGCUGGUGGUGGCCGUACAGACAAGCCUCUCAUGAAGGCGUCGCGCGCCAAGCACAAGUUCGCUGCCAAGCGCAACAGCUGGCCCAGGACUCGUGGUGUUGCCAUGAACCCCGUCGACCAUCCCCACGGUGGUGGUAACCACCAGCAUAUCGGUAAGGCCUCUACCAUCUCGCGGUACGCCGUCCAGGGUCAAAAGGCUGGUCUCAUCGCCGCGCGGAGGACGGGUCUGCUCCGUGGUACCCAGAAGGUCAAGGACUAGAGUGGUGCAUGAUACGGUGGCGUCGAUAUGGGUCAAUGACAUGGAUGCAAACGGUUAUUCUCUCCAUACCUCUCUCUGCGGGUGGCUGGGCGUUACAACGAAACUUCUUGGCAGGCUGGGCUUUACAUGGCUUGUGCGUGCACGAUAGGUUCUUAAGGGGAAUGUGAUUCCGAAAAAUGCAUCUAGUGUGAAUUCUG